AAUGCAGUCUGGCGGAAGGACCGUUCUUCCUCAACACGUCAUACCUCUGUCUUUCACACAAGUCUCACACAACCUCUCUGGACCAGUCGCAUCUUAAACACAACAGGCUCCAUCGAUAUUCUAAAUCACAGACAAAAUGGCAGAAGAUGGAGGCAGAAGGGACAUUAGGACAUGGUUUACACUUCUUGCUGCUCUGCAGGUUUCCAGCAUUGGAGCAGUUUGCCCAGAUAAAGAGAUGGGACUUCGACUAUGGAUGCCAGGACAUAGUGAAGACCACCGUGUUACAAUUGGUUUUGGACAGAAAAUCCUUCUUACAACUUCAGCUACAGUUCACUCAAUUGAGAUACUGAACGGAGGAAAGCUGGUGAUUGCGGACACCAGCCAGGCCAUACUGCUUCGGACCAAGCACAUUCUGAUUGGGGACAAAGGGGAGUUGCACAUUGGAAGUGCAGACUGUCCCUAUAAGGGCAACCUCACCAUCUCCUUGUUUGGAAGAUUGGAUGAUGACGAUGAAGAACACAGCUACUUUGGGAAGAAGUACAUUGGUGUGGGACAAGGUGGAACACUAGAGAUUUUUGGUGAAAAGAAGCUGGCUUGGACUUUCCUCAACAAGACCCUCCAUCCUGAAAAGAGCAACCAAAAAAGUUACCUCUUCCACAGAAGCUGGGGGAACCGAGGCAUCAUUCUCCAUGUAAUUGAUCCUACUACUGGAGAUGUACUGCAUAGUGACAGGUUUGACACAUACCAGGGGAAGACGGAAAGUUGUCGCCUUGCAAAGUUUGUUGAUGAUGUAAAGGCAGGUCUCAUCUUGAGCAUGAUGGUUAAUGAUGAAGGUUCAAACAACUUGGAAGAUUCAGCCAAAAAAAGCCUGUCCAGGCUAGGCAGCAUCUUCAUAAGCAAUCUAGGAUUUCGAGAUCCUUGGACCUUUAUUGUCAAAAAAGGUCACCCUUCUUCUGCUGUGGAGGAUCACACAGUCUAUAAAGGAACUAAAGAAUCAUCAAAGGCACAGAGCGCUUUUCAAUUCCAGUCAAGUUCUGGGGAGUACUUUACCAUCACCAGCAACAGCCUAUGGGCACAAGAGGCAGAGUGGACUGACUGGUUUGACAGGGACGAUGAAAGGGGAUCUGGAGACUGGGAAAUACUGUUUGACCUGCGCAAAGCUUAUCCAGAUCAACUGUGUAGCAGUCCAUUGGACAUCCAGGUUCAAACCCAUGAUGGAAUACCCUUCAACCAGACAGGCGAUGUCAUCUGCAAGAUCAGCAAGGACUAUGGUUUUGUCUGUCUCAACAAGGACCAGAUUCAUGGCCUAUGUCACAACUAUCAAGUCAGAUUCCUCUGUGGAAAACCUGUUCGUCCACAGGCCUCUCUCUCAAUCGAUAUGUUAACAGACAACACCAUCUUGGAGCUUAGUGAUGAGGUGGUAGGUUGGAGGGCUGGUGAUCAAGUGGUUGUGGCCAGCACAGACUACUCAAUGCACCAAGCUGAGGAGUUUUCCCUGCUGUCCUGUCCUACCUGCAUGUCCAACCAAGUGAAGAUCAAAGGAAGAGCCAAGUUUAUCCACAUCGGUGAAGAAGUUGAUGGGGUGGAUAUGAGAGCAGAGGUUGGCCUGCUGACACGUAACAUCCUACUUCGUGGCGAGACUGAGCCCACCUGCUAUGGCCAUGAGACUUGUAAAUUCUUUGACUUUGACACCUUCGGGGGACAUUUGAAGGUGCAACGGGGUUUCAGAGCUGUUCAUAUAUCCGGUUUGGAGCUUCAGUACAUGGGUCAGCAGACAAUGGGCCACUAUCCAGUCCAUUUUCACAUGAAUGGAGAUGUUGAUGAGAAAGGAGGCUACAGUCCCCCAACAUUUGUCAGUGAUCUAUCCAUUCAUCACUCUUUCUCACGCUGUGUUACAAUCCAUGGCUCCAAUGGACUUCUGGUAAAAGAUGUGGUGGGCUAUGAAACACUAGGCCACUGUUUUUUUACAGAAGAUGGUCCAGAGGAGAGAAACACAUUUCACCAUUGUCUAGGUCUGAUGGUAAGAGCAGGAACUCUCUUGCCAUCAGACAGAAACAGCAAAAUGUGUCGUGCUAUCACCAAUGGAGCAUACCCAGGAUAUGUGGCAAAUCCACGGCAAGACUGCAGUGCAUCUUCAACUUUCUGGAUUGCCAACCCCAAUAAUAACCUCAUCAAUUGUGCUGCUGCAGGCUCAGAAGAAACAGGUUUCUGGUUUAUUUUCCAUCAUGUACCCACUGGCGCUUCAGAAGGUCUUUACUCUCCUGGACACACUGAACACACACCCAUGGGACAGUUUACCAACAACAGAGCCCACUCCAACUACAGGGCUGGAAUGAUCCUUGAUAAUGGAGUGAAGACUACAGAGGCCAAUGACAAGGACAAGAGACCCUUUCUGUCUCUAAUUGGAGCCAGGUAUAGCCCUCACAAGGAUGCAAACCUCUUCAAACCCAGAGUUCCUGCAAUCAUCAGUCAUUUUAUAGCCUACAAAAACCAGGAUCAUGGAGCCUGGCUGAGAGGAGGAGAUGUGUGGCUCGAUGCCUGCCAAUUUGCUGACAAUGGCAUUGGUCUCACUCUUGCAAGUGGAGGAACAUUUCCAGAUGAUGAUGGUUCUCAUCAGCAGGUGAAGAACUCUCUCUUUGUUGGUGAAAGUGGUAAUCGUGGGAUGCUCCUUCCAAAUAACAACAUAUGGGGCCCAGGAGGUUCUGAUUUCUCCAGUAGGACACUGCCACGUGGAAUAGAUUUUCCUAUUCGAGGCAUGCAGAUCUAUGAUGGUCCAGUCAAUGUUCAGAACUGUACAUUUCGAAAAUUUGCAGCAUUGCAUGGACGACACACCAGUGCCUUUGGGUUCAGACUCAACAACUCAUGGCAGAGCUGCCCAAAGAAUUACGUCACCAACAUCACCUUUGACCAAGUUCCUAUCACAUCUCGGGUAUUCUUUGGAGAACCGGGUCCCUGGUUCAACAAGAUGCAGAUGGAUGGAGAUAAGACAACCAUCUUCCAUGACAUUGAUGGGUCAGUUAGUGAGUAUCCUGGAGCGUUUUUGGUUAAAGAAGACAACUGGCUGCUCCGUCACCCUGACUGCAUUGAUGUGCCUGAUUGGAAGGCUGCAAUCUGCAGUGGCCAUUAUGCACAGAUCUACAUCCAAACUCGAAAACCUGCCAACUUGAACAUGCAAAUAGCGAGGAAUGAAUAUCCUGACUGGCCACUGACAUUAGAAGGUGCCCUAGGAAAGAAGAAGCAUUACCAGCAAUUCCAGCCAGUGAUCACAUUAGCCAAAGGUUACACAGUCCACUGGGAUCAGACAGCACCAGCAGAGGUCACCAUUUGGCUCAUCAACUUCAAUAAAAAUGACUGGGUCAGUUUGGGGAUCUGCUACCCAAAAGAAACUACUUUUACCAUCAUUGCUGACAUUCACAAUCGCCUCACUAAAAAGACACACAAGACUGGUGUCUUUGUGAAGACCACCCAGAGAGAGAAGACCAAUCAUUCACACUCAACCAAGGGAUACUACUACUGGGAGGAAGAGACUGGCUUAAUCUUCCUAAAGUUAAAAGCCAAUAAUGAGAGGGAACAGUUUGCCUUUUGCUCUGUAAAAGGUUGUGAAAGGGUGAAGAUCAAAGCUACCAUCCCAGAGGGAAGUCCACCCAGCAACUGCUUGGCCAAGGCAUAUCCAAAACAUGCAGAGAUUCCUGUUGCCAAUGCAGCCAUGCCAAAAAAGAUACCAAAAAGCAGGCUGCUCUCAUCGGAGCACUUUCUGGAGAUCAGAGUGGAGUCGUAUAUUACUCGCUUUUUCCACAUAAAAGAAGACUUUGCCUUUGUUGAGGUCAAUGGCAAGAAGUGGUACCAACAAGAAGAUGGAGUGCAGCUGACAGUAAUUGAUGGACAUGAUGGGAAUGUGGUGGAUAGCAAAGGCUUCAGGAAUUUGAUCUUACAGGGUGUCCCUGCCCAAUUAGAGAAUUAUGUUAAUGGACUGAAAGACAGCUCCAUUGUGCUUGUGACAUCUAAGGGUCGUCUGGUUACUGAAGGAUCCUGGACCAAAGUUCUGGAAAGACUUGGUGCAAACAAAAUCAUCACUUUAAAAGAAAAACUGGCAUUUGUGGGCUUCAAAGGCUCAUUCUACCCCGACUGGGUAAAAUUGGAGAUCAGCAGUGACCAAGCAAAGAUCCAUCAGGUCUUGCCAGUCCCUAUUGUUUGCAAGUUCAAAUUAUAAUUUGCAGGCCAAAUGAAGGAAGGUAAGGUACUGAUAUUGAUAACAUGGAAACACUUCCUGCUGUAACUCCAAGACUGAAAAGCUGAAGACCAGGAGAAUGUGGUGGACAACAAAGAUUUCAAGACCUCCAACCAGAGGACAAGUUUCCACAAUUGUUUUGAUGUGUCUCUUGUUCUCACACAUGGCAGCAAUGUUCACUGCAGUCAGAAGAAAUGUAGACUUCUGCUGACAAUAAAUAUUGUUUUUUAAAAAAACGUAGGCCAGUGCUCAGCAAAGAGAUGUAAAUGUAUUCUUUGGACAUUUGUUUGUCACAAUCUUUUGUAAUCUUACUUAUAACCAAGAAUACGUCAUCUCGAAAAAAUUUAAAUUUUUAGUUAACAAAACUUUUACCUUUUGGAAAAAUUAUUAGACAUAAGAAAUGGAAAUUGUUUUUCUCCUUUUUUCACUUGACAGGCAGAGGGAAUUUAAAGCUGUAAAUUCUAACAUCUACUUCAUAGUAUAACCAUGACCACUAAAAAUGUUAUUCAUAAAGUUAUAUUAAGUUUCUUUGGUAGUUUCCUUGCUUUACUAAGAUGACUGAGAAAGGCUAGCAAGGGUUAUGUUAAACAAAACUGAAGUUAUUAUCUUUUUACCUAAAGAGGAUCAAUGAAGGGUUUCAGUUAUUACAACUACAAACCAGGCCUGAAAUUUGGGUGGAGUGAUGGACUCUGUAACUGUCUUUAUGUGGCUCUAAAGGUUCAGGUCAAAGUCUAUGAAGCCUUUAAGGAGAACAUUUCCAGGAUUACAGACUAAUGUCUCAGUGAGAUCUAGAAAAACUCAUCUAUGUGUUUAUCUUUACUCAUAUUGAUCACUGCAACAGCGUUUUCACAGGUCUACCUAAAAAAAUCAAACAGCUGCAGCUGCUCCAGAAUGCUGCUGCUGGCGUUCUCACUAAAACCAGGAAGUUAGAGCA